AUGCUCCAGCUUUCUAUUAAUCCGGGCCAUGGAUGGCCUCCACACCGCCAUUUCGAGGCCGACGAGUGGUUGUAUGUGUUGAGCGGCUCUGGUGCAUAUUCAUACUGGGCAUUCGAGGAGAUAUCACCCGUUGAGAUUAUCGUAGGACCGGGUCAUGCGCUGUUUAACCCCCAGGGCCAAUUACACCAGGUGUGGAACAACGGCAGUGAGCCGUUGUUGCUGCUGGCGGUGUCCAAGUCGCUGGCGCCUUACGAGGUGCUCGACCACUGGCCCGACACCCCGGGCGGCGGCUUGGGCUACGUACCCCACGUGGCCCCCUGGGAGCUAUCCUGUGCCCCGGGACAUGAACCCGACGAAAAUGAUGGUGUCAUGGGCGAGCAGGUUGGCAGUGGCAUGGAGGAAGCGGAAGUGGGUUACCUGGAGGGGACACCUCUGGAGGAGAGCGAGGCGGGCAGCGGCCUCGAGGGCGAUUACGGGCACUUCGGGGAAUACGGGUCGUGCGGCAUGACGGCCAUGAGCGAAGGCGAAAUCGCGGAGUGCAUGGCAGAGCCGGAUAUGGGCUAUGACUUUGAGGAGGAGUACGAUGUGGGAAUGUACGAUGGGGAGGGCGCAGAUGAGGAGCCGGAGUUUCCGUCGGACGGAGAAGCCGCCGUCAACACCGCCGCCGCCGAGGUUGAGGAUACAGCACCAGGUCAUUACGAGUUUGGUGAGCUGUAG